GAAUAUUGUGUGUAUAUAUAUCUGCUUCACUUCAUUCACUUGGCUUCAAAAGCACACUCCACCUCCGCAAAACACAAAUAGCACUUUGAGUUAGUAAGAAAAGACAAUGAACAAUGAAACGGGAAAUCAAGGUGGUAAUUCAACCGAAAUCUCAACGAAUGUGGAACCAAAGCAAGGUUGGAAAAAGGUAUUAUUAGAACAAGUAGUGAAUUGGAUGACACACAAAAACAAAGAUAAAUGGUUAAAGGACAUGAAAGGGAACUUAAGUUUAGUAGCAACAAUCAUCGCAACAAUGACAUUUCAAACGGCUUUAAAUCCACCCGGUGGUGUUAGACCGGUUAAAGAUGACAAAGGUAAGAACCCAGAUGAUAUAGCAUGUACUCGUGAAAACAAUAUAUUGAAACUAUGUCCGGGUAACGCUGUCUUAGCUGUCAUAUAUUCCGAUGAAUACGAGGAAUUCCUUCGUUGGAACACAGUAUGUUUUAUUGCAUCCCUAAGUGUUUUACUCUUGCUUGUGAGUGGAAUUCGUUUGGAUCAUAGGUUUCCUAUGUGGGUUUUAUCAAUGGGAAUGUGUUUCACACUCACAAGUCUUGUUAUUACUUACAUAAAGGCAGUACAAUUGGUUACCCCAGAUCCUGUUUGGGAUCCAGCUAAGAAUUUUCAAAAAAAGUGUACUCAUGCUUGGAUUGGAUUGAUGACAUUCUUGGCUUUGCUCCUCACACUACGUCUUAUUAUUUGGGCUUUUUUCAUCAAAAAAGGUAAAAUAUUAGCAAUUAGUACUCCAAAGUCCAAAGAUUGCAAGGGAGAAUAUUCCACUAACUUUUGAUUUGAACGUACAAUAUAUGUAUUUAUGAUGACUAUAUAAUAAGUAGUGUACUAGGUAUUGGGUAUAUGUAACAUAUGUAUGUCUAAAUUUUAUUGUUGUAAUUUGGGUGUUUUUUCUAAUUAGCAAAUGUUAGUGUGGUUAAUGGUCAAAGAGUUAUAGUAUGGUAGGAGGAAGGAAGUAUAUUUGUAGUAGAGAGAUCAAACCACUUCAUUUCGCAUGUAUUUGUGUGUAAGGUUGUCUUUUAUAUGUUAAAUAAGUAUGUUGAAAAUAGAAAAA